AUUUUAAUAGAAUCACAAUGAACACCUCCGAGGAAUCGGUUGACUUUUACAACAGGUUGGUUUAUGAAUGUAAGUUCUGGCUUGAAGGUGUCAUUAUACCCAUCGUUGGAGGCAUUGGAGUUAUAGGAAACAGUGUUAUGUUCUAUAUUCUACUCAUCCAUGAUCUUGGUCUGAAACCACUCUUCAGGGAGCUGAUUAUGUCCCUCCUAGUGUCAGACUCACUUUGUGUCAUACUCAGUAUUGUCCUGUUCUCUCUACCCCGUCUGUUCCCCACAGUGUAUUCUCUAAUAAUUGCUCCUCGGCUGGUUCCUAUCCUUCUUCCUCUAGAUGAGAUAGCGUUAACGGUGUCUAUCUAUGUUACUGUGGGGGUUGCUAUAGAGAGAUGGUUUAGCGUCUGUAAACCACAUACACAGAUGAUGGAGAAUGCUGGACUCAUCAUAAUAUCAAGCAUUAUAACCGGAGCUUUCAUUCUUAAUAUAUCCAGGUUUUUCGAAUACGAAGUUGUUUCCCACAAGUAUACUAGAGAAGAGUUGGAUGGAAACAAAACAUUUCAUUAUUAUCUUCCCCAACCUACACACCUUAGAACAGAUCCAACAUACUCAAAGGUUUCCACUAUUGUAUCUCUAUUUGUUCUCCACCUUCUCCCCCUCUGUUCUUUAGUCAUUCUCUAUAAAACCAUCUACAAAGCAAUAAGGGCUCGUACACUACGGCUUUCUACGAUGAACAGUCGUCAAAUGAGAGAUCUAACCGUAGCUGCUACUCUCGCUAUCAUAGUUCUUGUGUUUCUUCUUUGCCACAGCUUUAAGUGUUUUAUAAAUAUGGUCGAACUCUACGCAGUUAUACAAGAUAAGGACCCUGAUGAGUACUGGGGAUCCGGGAUGAGUAUUGUUGCUGCUGUCUCGCACUCCCUGAUCAUCUUGAACAGCUCAACCAACUUCAUCAUCUACUGCUAUAAGGAUAAGAAGUUUCGAGAUAUCGUUUCAAAUGGUUGCAAAGAAAUUCUUGCAGAAUGGCGAUGUUGGUAAUGUACAGAAAGAUAAA